CACCGCCCUUCUGAGCCACCAUGGGGCCGCUGCUGGCCCACCUGGUGGCCCUCUGCCUGGCCCUGACCUCAGCCAGGAGUGUGGAGCUCCAGAAAGAGGGCAGAAGCCGGAACCACGGUCACAACGUGUGCAGCACCUGGGGCGACUUCCACUACAAGACCUUCGACGGCGACGUCUUCCGCUUCCCCGGCCUGUGCGACUACAACUUCGCCUCUGACUGCCGGGACUCCUACAAGGAGUUUGCGGUGCACUUGAAGCGGACUGCGGGCCGGGGCGGGGGCCCCCCCCAGCUCGAGUACAUCUUGCUGACCGUCAAGGACGACACCGUCUACCUUACCCGCCAGCUGGCCGUGGUGAAUGGGGCCAUGGUCAGCACCCCGCACUACAGCCCUGGGCUGCUCAUUGAGCGGAACGACGCUUACACCAAGGUCUACUCGCGUGCGGGACUCGCCCUCAUGUGGAACCGCGAGGACUCUCUCAUGCUGGAACUGGACAGUAAGUUCCAGAACCACACGUGUGGCCUCUGUGGGGACUACAACGGCCUGCAGACCUACUCCGAGUUCCUCUCCGAUGGCGUGCUCUUCAGUGUCCUGGAGUUUGGGAACAUGCAGAAGAUCAACAAGCCAGAGGUGGUUUGCAGUGACCCCGAGGAGGUGCCAGCCCCCACGUCCUGCACAGAGCACCGUGCUGAGUGCGAGAGGCUGCUGACUGUCAAGGCCUUUGAGGGCUGCCUGGGCCUGGUGCCCCUGGAGCUGUACGUGCAGGCCUGUGUGCAGGACCAGUGCCAGUGUGCCCCGGGCUCCACCUGUGUCUGCAGCACCGUUGCCGAGUUCUCCCGCCAGUGCUCCCAUGCUGGCGGGCGCCCGGGGAACUGGAGGACCUCCACGCUCUGCUCCAAGAGCUGCCCUGGGAACAUGGUUUACCUGGAGAGUGGCUCGCCCUGCAUGGACACCUGCUCACACCUGGAGGUCAGCAGCCUGUGUGAGGAGCACUACAUGGAUGGCUGCUUCUGCCCGGAAGGCACCGUGUACGACGACAUAGCAGGCAGCGGCUGCAUCCCUGUGGACAACUGCCACUGCAAACUGCACGGGCACCUGUAUGCGCCCGGCCAGCAGGUCACCAAUGACUGCGAGCAGUGUGUCUGCAAUGCUGGCCGCUGGGUGUGCAAAGACCUGCCGUGUCCCGGGACCUGCACCCUGGAGGGCGGCUCCCACAUCACCACCUUCGAUGGGAAAAAGUACACCUUCCACGGGGACUGCUACUACGUGCUGAGCAAGGGCGAGCAGGACGCCUUCGCCCUCCUGGGAGAGCUGACCCCCUGCGGCCCCACAGACAAGCAGACCUGCCUGAAGUCGGUGGUGCUGCUGGCUGACAAGAAGAAGAACGUGGUGGCCUUCAAGUCGGAUGGCAGAGUGCUGCUGAACGAGCUGCAGGUGAACUUGCCCCACGUGACAGCCAGCUUCUCGAUCUUCCGUCCAUCCUCAUACCACCUUGUCGUGAACACCACCUUCGGCCUCAGGCUGCAGGUUCAGGUGGUGCCUGUCAUGCAGCUCUUUGUGACACUGGACCAGGCUGCCCAGGGACGUGUGCAGGGCCUGUGCGGGAACUUCAAUGGGCUGGAAGGUGAUGACUUCAAGACAGCCAGUGGGCUGGUGGAGGCCACGGGGGCCAGCUUCGCCAACACCUGGAAGGCCCAGUCGAGCUGCCAUGACAAGCUGGACUGGCUGGAUGACCCCUGCUCCCUCAACAUUGAGAGUGCCAACUACGCCGAGCAUUGGUGCUCCCUGCUGAGGAAGACGGAGACCCCCUUCAGCAGGUGCCAUUCGGCAGUGGACCCAGCGGAGUAUUACAAGAGGUGCAAGUACGACACCUGCAACUGCCACAACAAUGAGGACUGCAUGUGCGCCGCCCUGUCCUCCUAUGCGCGCGCCUGUGCCGCCAAGGGCGUGCUGCUGUGGGGCUGGCGGGAGCGCGUCUGCAACAAGGACGUGGGCUCCUGCCCCAGCUCCCAGAUCUUCCUGUACAACCUGACCACCUGCCAGCAGACUUGCAGGUCGCUCUCCGAGGCCAACAGCCACUGCCUCAAGGGCUUUGCGCCCCUGGAUGGCUGCGGCUGCCCCGACCACACCUUCCAGGACGAGAAGGGCCGCUGUGUGACCCUGGCCAAGUGUUCUUGCUACCACCGCGGUCUCUACCUGGAGGCCGGGGAAGUGGUGCUGAGACAAGAGGAGCGAUGCGUCUGCCGGAACGGGAGGCUGCACUGCACGCAGGUCAAGCUGAUCGGUCAGAGCUGUGCGGCCCCCAAAAUCCACAUUGACUGUAACAACGUGACCUCGCUGGCCAUCCGGAACCCCCGCCCCCUCAGCUGUCAGACGCUGGCUGCAGGCUACUACCACACGGAGUGCAUCAGUGGCUGCGUGUGUCCCGAGGGGCUGAUUGAUGAUGGCCGGGGCGGCUGCGUGAAGGAGGAGGCAUGCCCAUGUGUGCACAACAAGGAGUU